AUGGCCAACAUGCUGCUUGUGAUAGUGGCACUCACCGGCGUAGCUGUGGGAAAAUCCGCAUGUACAUCAAACCGGCCCGAGAUGAAGAGCUGCGGGGCGGAGUGCUUCAGCCACAGCGACGUGGCAUCUUGCUCAGCCGACUGCCUGGAGCAGAAGGGUGAAAGCUCCGUUUGUGCGCAGUGCUAUGGUCCCAAGAUCCAGUGCUCCAUCGAGAAGUGCGUGGACAAGUGCAACGACGAGUUCGACUUUAACGGGGACUGCCAGGCAUGCAUGAUGCAGACGUGCAACUUUGCUACCUCUUGCACCCCCGACAAGUCCGCGCCGGCACCAGUGGAUGCUUCCUUGCUCAAGGAGCUUGUCACCCUCGCCAAGACAAAGGACCCUGUUGCGGAGCCUGCGGCGGUUUGCGUGUCCAACAGGCCCGAGAUGAAGAGCUGCGGUGCUCCAUCGAGAAGUGCGUGGACAAGUGCAACGACGAGUUCGACUUUAACCGACUGCCUGGAGCAGAAGGGUGAAAGCUCCGUUUGUGCGCAGUGCUAUGGUCCCACGAUCCAGUGCUCCAUCGAGAAGUGCGUGGACAAGUGCAACGACGAGUUCGACUUUAACGGGGACUGCCAGGCAUGCAUGAUGCAGACAUGCAACUUUGCUACCUCUUGCACCCCCGACAAGUCCGCGCCGGCAAACAGUGGAUGCUUCCUGCUCAGGAGCUUGUCCACCCUCGCCAAGAACAAAGGACCUGUUGCGGAGCUGCGGCGGUUUGCUGUGUCAACAGGCCCGAGAUGA